AUGCCUUUCAACAUCCAACCCGUCCGACCACUGAAGCGACGCGCCGCCGACGACGACGAUCUCUACUGCGCGCCCGUCAAACAGCGGCGCAUGGACUUCGACAUGGACGAUUCUUCGAACUCUACGAGCAGCAUGGACCUCGACGAAGUGCGCCUUUCUACGCGCAAUGCACUAGACUACCACUCAGCGAGCCCCGAGCCCUCCAACCUCCAGAAAUGCUACUACGGCCCGGGCUUGAUCGCCUUCCCCCACUCCCUCGAAGUCUUCAACAAGGCCAGCAACAACUGGUACUGGAACGCGUCCUGCUUCCUCAACAACCGUGCUCUGGACACCGUCGAAAGCAACCAGAUCUGCACCCACUUCCAGAACCGCUGCGGCUGGUCGCCUUCUCCGGGCAAUCUGCCCGCGAUCCAACUGGGGACGAGCGAAGACAUGAUCGGCCGCUCGACACCACGCUUCUCCACCUUCGUCGUCUUUCCGAACAUCAGCGGCGGGGUCGUGCAUUCAGAGGAGUUCAUGCGCGCAUGGACGGACUACGUGAUGGUGCCUUCUAUACUACACGCGGCGCGGAGACGGGAAGGGUGCACCUACGGCGUGCCCGCGUACGCGCGAUCAUACCGCGGCAUCAGGAUGGCGAGCGACUGCCAGCGAAUAGUCUCAAACCAUGAAGCCCCGGAGACGCCGGUGUCGAUCAAAGUACGGUCAGAUGAGCUGGGAGAUCUGUGGCAGAAUAUGCAGAGCAUCGUGAACAGAGACCCGGUGCUGUGGGAAUUCCAGGACGCGUUCUUGGUGGUGGUAGCGGGGCAGGACUCAGAGACGGGCAUGGAGUGUUACGGCUCGGAUCUGCGGUCGUUCUGGGGACACUUCAGCAUCAAGUUCGACCGCGUGGUGAACAUGGACCACGUGCCGGCGGAUUCGGUGACGAUAUCACCCAAGGUGUACUAUUCUGGACUUGAUAGUCUCAACACCAUGUUGCAUUUGGACGAGGCAGCAGCCCUCGUUCUCAUACUGUUGGCGCUGUUCAAGAAACACAAACCAGGGAGGCGAGCAGAGCAACGUCGGUUCGGGUUGAGACUGGAAGCAGUGCUUCUCGAAGAACGCCAGCAGCGAGCGCAGAUGGAGAGGACGAAGGACAGGGAGGCCGAAGAGAUGAGAAAGCGAGAACAGAGCGAACGCAGACAACGGAGACGACAUCGACAUAGGAAGGAAAGGUAG